AUGUCAUCUGGACCUACCGGUAGUCGCCGGAAAUACCACAGCAAAUCCCGCACGGGUUGUCAAAUCUGCCGCUCUCGAAAAAUUAAGUGCGAUGAGCAACGCCCAUCAUGCCUCAACUGUGUCAAAAGGGAGCUCCAAUGCAGUUUUCUGCAAACCCAAAAUUCGACAUGGAUAGUCCUCCAAUCGGAGACACUAAACCUCGAGCUCCUCCACCACUUCACAGUUUCCACCUUCGCCACAUUAUCUCCUGAUACUCAGAUCCGAGAACUAUGGCGGGUCACAAUUCCCCAGAUGGGUUUUACCACAGAUCACAUACUGGACGGGGUCCUCGCCCUUGCGGCUCUCCAUAUCGCGCGCUACAAUACCGGGCGAAGACAUGCUCUCCUCGCUUAUGCCAUUGAGCGACACUCGGCAUCUCUAUCCAAGGCUUUGCCACUGAUCUUCUUGGUAAAGCCACAAAACUGUACACCCCUCUUUGUCUUCGGGGUCUUGACACUCUACUACAGUCUGGCGCGACCGAUUCAAGAAGACGAUGCGCUGAUCUUCGGUAGCGGUGUCAUCCCCGAAUGGUUAUACCUGAUGCGAGGGAUCGAUACAGUCGUAAUGGCCGAAGCCUCUGUAUUUUCUUCGCCUGUGUCUUUGAUAUUUCGAAGUACAUGGGGAAGCUUAGAUUACUGGAAGACUCAUACCCCUGAACAAUACCCGGUUCUCACGGAGCUGAAGGAUACAAUAUGUGCGGAGACCCCAGAUGAUCGAGAACGGCAAUUGACUUUGCAAGAGACGGUUGUGGCAUUGACUCGGAGUUAUACAUUCUUCUAUGGUGGAAACUUCAAGGAUCAGGAUAAAUUGCGCGGGUUCUAUGAAUGGCUUUUUAAGAUUAGUGAUGCAUAUCUGAGGCUUUUGAAGACUGGAGAUGAUGGGUCAUUGGGUGUGCUUGCUUUCUAUGCAGUGCUGGUGAAGGAUCUGGAGAAAUAUUGGUGGAUAGAAGGAGGCGACAGCGCCGAGCUGCACCAAGCGACCAACAUUGUGCGCGCAGUCCAAGCAUCUGGCACCAUUAAGACACUUGUCUACACCAGCGUUUGUGCCGUUGACCAGCGCGCAAGUUUCCCGGAAGCUAGGCUGCGAUCGAGGACCUCUGUAAAUGGCUACUUUCCCGAGCUGGAAAGGUCCCUUCCUCUUCGCACUGCCAUGGGGUCCGAGAAGAGGACUAUGCUCAUUGACCCUAAUGAUAUCGGUCGCUUUGCCGCUGCUGUGUUCAUAAAUCCGGAGCGGUUCUCGGGUCUUGCUGUGGAUAUUGGGUGUGAGGCUCUGACAGUAACGCAGGAUGCCAGUGUUAUUACUGAGGUCAGCGGAAGCGAAAUUUGGUUGAGCAUGUUCCUCGCGAUUUGGCGGAGCGCUGGGCAUCUUUGA